AUGCCCCACCCGAUGGUACACCGCAAAAAAGAAGAGAAGAAAAGCAAGAAAAAGAGUAAACAUCACGAGAUGACUAGACUUAAUGUGCCACCUUUGUUAAUGAACAUGAAGAAAGAAUCGGAACCCUCUACAACAGAUGUGUUCGCUGGGCAAAUUUUGAAAAACCAUGGAAUUAGUCUAGAGAGUCUGAAGGAGGAAUCUACACAAGUGGAUAAGAAACCUACUAUAGAAGAGUUGAAACGCCCUAUUUUGCCUAUAAUUGACCCCGCUACAAUUUCGUCUCAGGUUGCGCCAGACUCAACCGUGGCAACUAAUGAAAGUCAAGAAGUGCCUAAUAGAGCUAGUGUGUUUUCAGUAAAAACACCAAGAGAUGAGCAAAUAAAAGAGAUAAACGAAAUUGAAGCUAAAAUCCGAGGCUUAAAAAAGAAGAUAGAUGAGGAGUUAGACUCUAUGUCAAAUGAUGAGGAGUUAGACUCUAUGUUAGAUGAUGAGGACUUUCUAAAUAUAAAGACUGAAGCUGAAGAAUUGAAAAAUGAUUUUGCUGAAGAUGUAUUUCAAAUACCGCCCAAAGUGAAACCGGAGCCGUCAAUAGUAAAGCAAGCGUUAGUGCUGUCGAUGCGCCGAUGUGUAGACGCAAAGAAAAUUGCCAUUCAAGUUCCUGGCAGCAAUACGCAGAUUGGCAACAGUGACAACAUUAGUUUAGGCAGAGUGGGCAGUAAUGAUGAUAACAAUAUUCACCACCCUACAGUUGGCAAAGACAAAAACACUGGGUUCAUAGCUAUAAUAGAUCGCUACCAUCCAAACGAUUUUCUCGCAAAGAAAUUAAUGACAAAGGGGAUACUUAGCGACGUAGGCGAUAAAAUUAAUAAGACCAAAGACACACUGACAGUAUUAAAAACACAAGUCAAAGAACAACCCAAAGAAAAAUCUAAGAAACCUGAUAAAGUGGAAGGGAGACCGCUAGUGAAAAAGCAUUUAAGCGAGACAAGUUGUGAAAGCAAAUCAAAGCAGAUUACAAUUAAAACGGAAGAACAGAAAUCAACCACAAAACGUAAAUGUACUGAGAUGCCAAAGUCCCUCAAAGAAGACACUCCAGCAAUUAAGAAAAGAAGAGCGUCUCCCAUUGUGUUUGAUAUUAUAAAAAAAGAGAAAGAACCGGAGCGGGUGAAAGAGAGGAUACAUAGCAAAGAUGAUGUGACCGUAACGAUUGGCAGUACGCAUAAAUAUGAUUCAACAUCAUCAUUAUCACAAGCAAAGCGCAAACCAGUCUGGUGCCGUUUAUUCCCUCUGUGUCGCUACGGAGCCGCGUGCGCUUUCCAGCAUCCGCGCUGCAAGUUCGCGGCCGCCUGCACUCGCCGCGGCUGUCUCUACUCGCACCCACACAAGGCGCCGCUGCAACCGCUGCAUGCAGCUGCAUCGCCCGUAGUUGCGUCCCACGUUGUUCCCGCACGAACAAUUACGGCGAACUACAAGUCAAUAUCACCAGGUGUCGUGUCCAGAGCAUGUAAAUACUACCCGAACUGCUUGAACACCGCUUGCCACUACUACCAUCCGAAGCCGUGCCGCUACGGGAAAGCCUGCAGUAAUAAAUUAAAAUGCAAGUUCUACCAUAGUGAUAUACCGACCGGGAAGUGGCGCUAUCCCGCCUAAAAGUAUUCUUUUAUUGUAUUAGAAAGUAAUAUGAAUUUUAUUCUUAUUGUAUAAAAAUUUGAUUUGUUUUAAACUGAUUAAAAUAUAAGUGUAUUGUAAUUUUUUUGUUUUAUUAUUAUAGCGAUUUAGUGCGAUUUCACCCACAUAAAUUUUCAUUGUCUCUUCUUCCCUUGGAAUUUACAGAAAUCCUGUUA